AUGCCGAUCGUCCAGUUCGCGCCCUUUGCAUCUCUUGUCCAGCCAUCAUUAUGGCACAAGCUCACUGAGCUCAAGAUCGACAUCCUCAAGCUAUCCGACGCGGCCGUCCCCAUAACGGGCUCAUAUUCGAUCGGAAGGAGUGUUAAAGACAGAGAGACGGGACAAGAGAUCGCGUUGCCUUGCAACCUCACCAUUGGCUCAGAGUCUUUUGAGGAGGCCCACAAGCCACCACGCGGAUCCGUGUUUCCAGUUGGAACGCUCAAGAACUACAACACUAUCGAGGAUUUCAAAGCUGCUGACAAAACAACCCUCUUCAACUAUGAGGCUGAGCUAAUUUGGGAUCAUAUCCUCAAGACGCGAGAUACCGCCCAGUUGAAUCGCUUCUUGCUCAUCACAUUCGCCGAUCUCAAGAAAUACAAGUACUACUACUGGUUCGCGUUCCCUGCAUUCGUAUCGAAGCCGGCAUGGGAAAUCGGAGACGAAGGAUGGGCUAAUGCUGCUUCAGAGUUCAAUCCAGAGAAGCUUUCCUCCAUCCAUGGUCAACUUCAGACUCAACCCACCCACCUGCCUUAUUUCCUCGUCAAGAAAGAAGCGUCUGGAGACGUCAUAAUCGCGCCUGUAGAAGACUACGAAAAGUUCUACGCGUCAGUCCCACCUGAAGCACAAACCAUUGCCUUCGUGGACCCAUCUGCAGAUCCCUCGAAUCCUGGCUGGCCAUUGCGCAACCUCCUCGCCUACCUCCGCGCUCUAUAUCCUGCCACCACUUCAACAGUCCGCAUCCUCCGCUGGCGCGACUCUGAACCGCCCUCUCCCAGCGCAACUUGGAAGAGUCAGAUCGGCACGUUGUCUGUCGCAGCUGCUGCAAGCCUGUCCUCAGAACGCCCUUCUGCGGUUGGAUGGGAGAAGAACCCUCAAGGCAAACUCGGUCCCCGUCUUGCUGAUCUGGCUCCUAUGAUGGACCCAACGAGCUUGGCUGCACAGGCCGUCGAUCUCAAUCUGAAGUUGAUGAAAUGGCGAAUUCUGCCUUCCCUUGAUCUGGAGAAGAUUUCGACGACAAAGUGCCUGCUAUUGGGUGCUGGAACGCUGGGGUGCUAUGUGGCUCGCGCUCUGAUGGGGUGGGGCGUCCGCACAAUAUCUUUUGUCGAUUCUGCAAAAGUAUCUUUCUCGAAUCCCGUCCGGCAACCACUCUUCGAGUUCACAGACUGUCUCGAGGGUGGAAAACCGAAGGCCGAAUGCGCAGCAACGAGCCUAAAGAAGAUCUUCCCUGGCAUCAAUGCGACUGGUCAUUCGCUAUCAAUACCCAUGCCUGGACACCCUAUCCCUUCAAAUCCUGCUUCGCUAGCUCAGGCCAAAGCUGAUGUCGCAAGGCUAGAGAAACUUAUUGACGAGCAUGACGCGGUGUUCUUGUUGAUGGAUUCGAGGGAAAGUCGAUGGUUGCCUACGGUUAUUGCAGCUGCCAAAGGAAAGAUCGUCUUGAACGCAGCUCUAGGUUUCGACACCUUCCUCGUGAUGCGACAUGGAGCUCGUGCGUCUUCUCUAACCACUGGACAUAAUGGAAAGCCACAUCAAAAACUUGGAUGCUAUUACUGCAACGACAUCGUCGCGCCUGCAGACUCCCUCACUGACCGAACUCUCGACCAAAUGUGCACCGUCACCAGGCCGGGCCUCGCCCCAAUUGCGGCCGCAACCGCUGUCGAGCUGCUCUCCUCCCUCCUGCAACACCCCGACCAACUCUUCGCACCCGCACCUCCUCCUGCCACUUCCUCGGCCACAGCCUCGAACCCAGAAGAUGGCACCUCCAGCGUGCUCGGGCUCGUCCCGCACCAGCUACGCGGGUUCCUAGGGCAGUUCCGGACGAUGCCACUCGUUGGGGCCGCGUACGACAAGUGCACAGGAUGUAGCGAGACAGUGCUCAAGGCAUAUGAAGAACAGGGCUUUGAGAUGCUUGUAAAGGCUUUUAACGAUGCAAAGUUCUUGGAGACAUUGACGGGGUUGGAUAAGCUGUUUGACGAGAGCGAGGCGGCUCUGGAGAGUGUCGAGUGGGAGGAGGAGGGUGAAGACGAUUUCUAG